GCUAUUUAGGUAUAAAUGCCAGUAUAAAAUUACUAUAAUAAAUAGAUAUUUCAAUCAUAAACCAUCACAUUCAAACUUACAUAUAUAUAUAGUCCAUAAAAUACUUGAUAUUUACCUUUUAAAUCGCUUCCCGCCUAGUAAAUUGAUAUAUUUUAUAUUGAACAUAUUUUGGGUCACUCAGCCAUUUUUGUACACUAUGGUCAACGAAGAGAGAACCCAGUUUGAGUGCGAUGAUGGCAACAUGAUUCUAGUUGCCAGUGACGGCACCGCGAAAGCCGAUAUGCUCCGCACAGAUUGCUCUGCUAAAUCAUGGCUAUUGGUAAUAGACCCGGAAGAUUUAGAUGAUCAGGAGCACCCCACCUUGCAACGGGGUGCAGUCGAGACCAUCAAGAAUCUCGGAUUUAAAUUCGUCAAUAUCGCGUUGUCCGAACGCACUUACGGUCACGCAGAUGUUGUUCAAGACAUUAUUGAAACACUCGAUAACCUGCCCCGACCUACUGUGAUCCAGUGCAAUACCACGCGACGAGCAGGAUCUGUGCUCACGCUCUAUCAUGCAUUCAAGGAUCAGUUAAACUAUGACGAAGUACAGGAGUACGCUAUUAAAAACAAUUUGCUGUACAAAGAUUCACCUGAGCUGGUAGGUUGGGUGAACCGAAAUGCUCCAGCGGCCAAGCCACCACCUGCUUUUAACAUCCCAGAAGAUAUCAUGAAGCAGCGCAAAGCAGAAUUCAUGGAAGAGCAUGGGUCUGAAUACGGUUAUAAGAAUGCCAUUUACAACAUCCGCACCAAGGACUUCAAACGUAUGGGCGAUCAGGUAUAUCUCGACUACACGGGGUCUGGUCAAUACCGAGAGACGCAAGUGGGCAACUGCCUAUUAGAACUGCAGACUACUCUCUUCGGCAACUCACACUCGCACUCUCCAUCGAGUGAAGCCACGGAGCACGAACUAAACGCAGCACGCAAACACGUGCUAGACCACUUCAACGCCGAUGAAAAAGAGUACAGUGUGGUAUUCACAAGUGGUGCCACGGGAGCUUUGAAGAUUGUCGGAGAGUGUUUUCCUUUUACCGAGAAGUCCACGUUUGCAUUCUUGAAUGUCAACCAUAACAGUGUCGUAGGUAUACGCGAGUAUGCGCAUGCCAAGAAAGCGACCAUUAAAGUCAUGACUGAUAAGGAGGUGGAGCGCUGUCUAGAUCAGAAGUGCAAUCACGGUGCUAUCCCUGAAACUCCAACAGAGGACCCGAGUUCUUGGGACCAGUUAAACCUGUCUGAUGAACAUUGUGGAAACGCAUACAUGAACGAGGACCGUAAAACGUACAAUUUAUUUGCAUAUCCACCCGAAGAUAACUUCUGCGGUGUCAAAUAUCCACUGGACUGGAUUGAGAAAAUCGAAAAGGUAGGAAUGUGUGGCAAGCGGGACUGGAAAGUGGUACUGGAUGCCGCCGCCUUCGUUCCGACUCAAAAAUUAGAUCUAGGUUUACAUAAACCAUCGUUUGUCGAUGUUUCUUUCUAUAAAAUGUUUGGCUUCCCCUCUGGUCUCGGUUGCCUUAUCGCUCGCAAUGACACUCUUCCAUUACUACAACGGUCGUACUUCGGUGGAGGCACAGUCAUCCUAGCGACCAUCAAGAAGCAUUUUGUUCAGUUUGCGCGUAAACGUGCCACUCGCUUUGAAGACGGUACACUGAGCUUCCUUUCCAUCGCUGCGCUGAAAUAUGGUUUCGCCGCAUUGCGAGAGCUUGGGAUGGAUAAUAUUGCAGCACAUACACACACGCUCUCGAGACAUUUGUAUAAGCGUUUAAGUCAGCUGAAACACUUCAAUGGACAACCCGUGGUACAAGUCUUUGGCAAAUGGGAAACAGACAACGCCGAGCAAGACCAGGGCCACAUAGUCACAUUCAGUGCAUACAACUACGAUUCGUCCCCGAUAGGCUAUCACACAAUACAAAUGGCUUCUGCCGAGGCCGGCUUUCACGUGCGCACAGGAGCGCAUUGCAAUCCCGGUGGAGUGGACAUGUACCUCAAGAUAGGAGAAGACAAGGUAGAGAAGUUUGCACGUCAGAAGACUUCUUGUGGCGAUGACCUGGAUACUGCUGAGGGCAUGCACUUAGGAACGGUUCGUGUGAGCUGUGGAACGUAUAGCACGUUUGAGGAUGUAGAAAGGUUCUGUUCUUGGUUUGAGGAAGUGUAUGUGGUUCAAUCGGAGCCUGUAGUAGAUUUUAAGAAAAUCAGAAAAUGGAAACAGCUCCACGCUUUGGUAGACGAGGUGCCCGACUUCCAACUGAACAAACUUACCAGCGGAAGCGAGGCGGAAAACUAAAAAGGUAGAUGGAUGGUGCGCUUGCCUACGGUUGGUACAUACACACAAAAAUAACUAUUAAUAAUGGAGGCAUAUGCCGAUAAUGUAUGCUUGGUUAUAGCGGUCGACAAGGGUACCCUAUAAGUGAGAUGAUAAAUCUAUAUGUGAGAAGGGUAAAUAUGGAUAUCUUAUAGGAGGAAGAUGGUAACUAAGUAGCUAUGAUAUAAAUGUAUAUAUAUGUAUAUUACCCCGUAGGGGUUUGGUCGGUCCAAGGGACCGUAUAUCUCUCUUCCGGAGGGAGAGACAUCCAGAGGGAUGGUGGAGGGUGGUGAUCCCCGUAAGAGGAUCUAGGAGAAUCCCUAGGGACCCUGCACGACUCUCAACUUCACGAGUGUCGAGGGUCAUUACUUCACAAGCAAAGAAAUAGACGUUUGAGAACGACAAAUCUACUGAUAAAUGGGAUUAAAAAAAUCUGAGUUGUAAGCAAGCGUAAAAAGGUCUCCUUCACAAUUCGAUAAUACAUAGCGUUCAUCCAGUAUAUAUUUACUUGCGUACACACUUUGUAUUUUUACAUCACUGCUUAAGGGUACAAAUAAAAAGGGAGAAGCUGACAAAAAUAGCG